GCGCGUUUAUUGGCCAGAAAAUGUAAUCGACUGGCUAGGAAGAUGGCGGCCAGGGGGCCCUUCUGUGUGCCUUAUUCUGUGCUAAGGAGCUGCAUUUUAGAACAUAGUUGUUACCAGGAACCUAGUUAACCAACACUUUUGGUAGAAAACACUUUCAGAGCCCUCUGUACCCUGGUCCUUAUGUAGCAGUGGUUUAUUAUGAAUGAUAUGAGAAUAACACCCUGGAUUUUAGCCAUUUGUUCUUAUAUCAACUACAUCAGUGUUUACAUUUACACAUAAUUGGAUUAAGUAUAAUGUUGGGAUAAGUUAUUAAUUAACUUCAAUGUCAAAAUUUGUACCUAAAAAGAUAGAUAGUUCAGAUUUUUGAUACAUAAAUGACCAUAAGUAAAAAUACUAUCAUCCAAUAUUAAUCAUAUUUACAUGUUAGCCAUGUAGGAAACUUUUACCUGCUUUUAUCAUUGACGUUCUUAAAUUUCUCCCCGCUUGUAAGCCAUUGAUGUAAUUCUUCAAAGCUAACAGUCUGACUGCCAUCUUUAUCUAGCAACAUACUGUAGGCUUCGGCCUGGUCUUUUGUCAUGCCUAAAUCACCUUGAAAUAGUUGUUUUAAUUCCUUUUGAUUGAGUACACCACUGCCGUCUGCAUCAUAUUUCAUAAAUAGACUUCGAAGGACAACUUUAGGUACAUUUUUGUCGAAGUAACUGGUUGAAACGUUCAUUGGAGCUGCCAUAUUUGAAUAUUUGAAAAAGAAGAUAAAAGUACAAAGAAAAGGAAAGUAUUUGGUAGUUGACAAGUAUAUUUUGGCAUGCAAUGUUGUGUUGCAAUGUAAACGGAAGUGAACUGAAGCAGAUGGGGGGUUUUACGUGUAUAAUCCAAAUAUGUAAAGUAUACAAAGCCUUAUAAAGUAUAAUAAGGAGGAAAACAAUUAAAAGAGUAAGACUCCAAUAUAAUUUAUGGCCAUAUUUGUAGACAGGCAUGGACUGGUUAUUUACGAACGAGGAUAUAAAUUUAAGGAAGAAAAAUUCUGUGUGGGAUAUUUUUUAAUGUUUUAUCGGCAAUAUUUAUAGAUGGAGAGAAUUAAUAGUCAAGAAGAGAUGGGGUGAAGGGAAAAUGGAUGCAAGGUUAAGAACAAAGAGAUGAAGGAAUGAAAGACGAAGCAAGAAAAACGAAAUAAAGCAAAUUAGGGUGAGGAACUCAUAUGGGUUGAAGAAAUGAAAUAUAGAAAUUAUUAUAACGAAAUAUAGAAAUGAUGAAAUUAAAUUUUCAUGAAAGGGAAUCGAGACGUUGAGUAACUAAAGGAUAAAUGAUGAAAGAGCAAGAAAACAGAAAAUGAUGAUAGAAGGAAAGAUGUGGCCUCCUUCGCAGUUUGCAGACAUCUCUCAGUCAAGGGUUAAUUAAUAGAGGUGAUAAAAAAUCAGAUUUUUUUAGCUUUUUUUUUAACCCUAACCGAGUGCAAUAUGGCAGUUGUCUGCGGAACAGCUAGGAAAGACGGCAACCGCGCUAGGAGAAGAUGGAGAAUGAAAUACGGAAGAAUUUUCACAGCUAUAUAAUAAUGGGUGCGGGGGAUGAGCUUAUCAAAUAUGAAAAUCACAUGAAAAUUAUAAUGAAUUGAAAUUUGAUCUGGUUACCGUGGACACGAAACGCACGUCGGAAGAAAUAUGUCAGGAAUAACAACAUUCAAAGUACUCUCUUGAGAUGUAUUUUAUUAUCAGUGUUUCAGUCAAUAUUUCUCAAGACAUCUGGGUCUUGUUUGAAAAUGAGUGAUGUUGCUUUGCUUUUGGCAAAAUGGCGUGAAAGUUUAACGAGAGGGAAAGAUUUUGAUACUUGGGGACAAUUUGUCGAAGCCAGUGAGGAAUAUAGUAGGUCUGUUUUGAAUGCUCAAUUUGGAAAAUGAAAUGUUUUAUUUAUACUUUGUCUCAAUACGUUUGUGGCUUGUAGUAAAACAACGGAGCAAGUACUUGUUACUCUCAUUUAGUAAUGUGUUAAAGGAAUGUUAAGCAUGAUUUAAUAUUCGUAUUUAUCGGAUUUAUUAAUGCUUAAAUCAAACAUGCAUGUCAGCAUGUGUAACUAUACAAUUGUCAGGUUUUAGGCAUCCAUUUAUUGAAGAUUCGAAUACAAUUGCAGAAUGUUGCAAUUAGAAGCUAAGCUAAGGGGAAUCGUUUUUACUUAAUGUUUCAAUUUAUAUAUUAAAAACAUUGAGGGAACCGGCUGUUAUUUGCAACAAACGCAAAAAAUGUGUAAAAUUGUAGUGAAUAACAUGUUGUACAGCAUUACAACGCGAGAUGCAAAGGAUUGAAGGGGGAGGGGGGGAAGUCUCCAGGAUUGGUCUGUGUAUGACUGGACCAGCAUGUUUGAGGUCACUAAUUCAUACAUAUCGGGUUACUUUUACAUGUUUUUUUAAUAUUUUUAGAUUGUCUCGACAAAUUUUGAAGCAACUAGCAACAGAACACAAUUUUUUCACUGGAGAACAAAAGGUAUCAUGAAAUUGAUAUCAAUAUAUUAGUUAAAUAUUAGUUUGCACAAUGUUUGUUAAAUUUGCAGCUCUGGUUGUUUUGCAGAAAAUACUUGGUAAGAUAGCUGCCUGUCUUCAUUCACGAAGUAGAUUUUUCCAGGUGAGACAAUACUAAACAGGUGUGGUCCAGCCUGGGACAGAGUUAAUGGUUUGCCGACUUAUGGGUUUUUUGGGGAUAUUCUGAUUUGGUGACCUCUGAUGCAGAUGUAUCUAAAGCACCUGCAAAUGGGGCUAGACUCUAAGUCUCCAUAGUCGGUCAUUCCAGAAAACAUCCAUACCUGCCCCACAGAGGAAAUUGAAAGUUAACCCACCCUUCAAUCUCCUAAUACACUUACUAUUAUCAGAAAAUAUUUUUUCUCCCCUCCCCCUCCAGAUGGCCGAAAUUUCUUAUGUGGGCGGAGUGUGUAUCUUUCUGGCAUGACCCAUUAUGAACAACUUCUCAAAUAUAUCUGCUUGCUUUAACCUCAACCUCAUUAGAUUUUUAAUUAUUUUUGUGUUCAGAAUUUGCAAGAUGAAGAAAUCUCCCUUGAUGAUAUCAGACAACUUUGUUUGGGUAAUUAUAAAUACAUACAUUUACUAACAUUCAUUCGUUUUAUCACAUCAUGUCAAUUCCUGUUUUAAUCAGUUCUAGGAAAUAUUUUGUCAGAGAAAACUGAGGAUUUUCCAAUUACAGUACCAGAGCUAGCAGAGAAAAUGUGAGUGAUCAGAUUGGUUCAUAUUUAUUGUAAAGAUAUUUUAUUAUACAAAAUGUAAUGGUACCAUCAAUUUAACUUAUCCAAUUAAAUUUUUAGCUUUCAAACAAACAAUAAUAGUUUCAUUUUAGAAGAAGUUCCCAAUGAUCAAGAGGACACAAAAGGUAGAAAUUAAAAUAUUUAAUAUAUUCUUACAAAUUGACUCAUCUGCAUGUGGUUGAUGAAUUGAAAAAUGUUUAAUUUAGAUUAUGGUUCACUCCUACCCAGAAUAUCACACGAAGCAGACUGUCACAGAUUGACGAUAAAAAUCGUUAAAAUUGGAUUAAAGGAUCCUUCUGAGUUCAUUAAUCCAUUUAUAACUGUUUCAGUGAAAGGUUCGUUUUGUAGCUAAUUACAGUAUUUUUGUAACUAAUUAGAAUAUCUUGUAACUAAUUAUUUUAAUUAUUGUACAUGUACAUAUAUUCCAACCACUCUUUAAGUUAAAAGUUUACAGUUUGUACAAAUCUUUAUCAUAAUUCACACACAAUCUUGUGUUUUUCUUAUUAACAUUAUCAUUUUGGGCUUCUAAUGUGUGAUUGUUUCUAAUUUCCAAUUAGCUCUGGAUGGUGUAGAUAUUACCACUUCACAAAACACACCAACUGCAAAAACAAAAGAAAAUAGAGAUAUUCAUUUUGAUUGUAAUGUUGAACUGCAAACGACAAUAGAAAAAUUACCACAAGGUAUGUAUCAUUCUCAUCUGACAUGUAAUUUUUCCCUAGCAAGUUAAAGGUUUUUUACUAAUCAAUAAAUAUUCAAUGAACUGCUUUAAGAACAAUGUAUUCAGUGCACAGAAGUAUCAAUUAGCUGUAAUAAGAAAGUGAAAGUAUCAAAUUAUUCUUUUGCAGGAACAGCAAUAUUUUUUGAAUUUAAACAUUUUAAGCCAAAGAGAAAACAAAUCAGUACCAAGUGCUGGACAUUUAUGGAAAUGGAUGAAAUAAAAGCUGGUCCAGCAUGCCUAGAAUUGUAAGUGGUCCUUUAAAUCUUCAUUGUGAGGGACUUUGUAUUGAGAAUGUUUAAUUUUUCCAGGUAUAAAAAGCCAACCAAUUAUUGUCGAAAGAAAUUGAGUCUUCUGACGGUGAAACCUCUUUAUCUACACGUCUUUCUCAUUAUCCACGACGAUGCUGAAUGAAAUACAUCUGGCCAAGAAACCGGUAUAAAAGUCAGGAAUUACUCGGAUCAGUCAUAAUUCAAUAGUUCUUUUGCAUUGUGGAAACAACGCACCAAUAGUGAUUAAUGUUAAGCGUAGCAGAGAGGAAUUAUAAAUAAUACUUUUAUUCCUUUGAAAAUUAAAUUUGAAUACCUACAACAGUGCACUGCAAAAUAUCUCGGAAUAUUUUGUCUCAACAACUUAGUAAAAUAUUAUGCACCCACUAAACUUUCAAAUUUACUCAAGAUUUACUUUACUCAAUAACUGGGAAUAUAAAUGAGUAUUGUUGCUUAUAAAUUUUAGUAAUUUUAGUUUUCGAGUCAAAACUUUCUGCAGUGUACGUGGCUAUUGAAUGACGCUUGUUUAAUUAUUAUAUUUUACAAUACGAUAAAUUUUAAACAAAAAAAUUAAUUUAUUUAUGUACAAUAUUACCAGAAUACCAGUGAUACCUUAUAAUGUAUUAAAGUUGUAUUCUUUUUGUCCCAGCUUAUGGGUGGUGUAUUGGAUUUUAUCAGACAUUUAAUACGAUAUCAUGAUUAUCAGAAUUCAAGAUUUUCACAUGUGAAAUCGAUCCCUUCAAAAGGGCCGUCAGGAAUUUCAUUUGCAACUGCUUCAUUCUCAAAGAGGACACACACACUGCUCUCAAUGCUUGGCGAGUGCUUCUCUAAUAUAGACGGGAUAACCUUGGUAGACAACGUUUCCUUCUCUUUAACUUGACAGUUCCAUGCAUUAACUAAAUCUUUCAUUGUCUCUGCAAUAUGCUCCCAGGAAUCUAUCUUUAUUUCAUAAUUAUGUCGUGUAUAAAGUUUUCUAGUUUGAACAUCUUUGAGAGAUGCUUGUAUGUCAUUAGGGAGUUGGGUUUCCUUUGCAAUUUCACACUCGCUUGCAUUCUCAAGGAGAGAGUUUGCCUUGUCUUUUAAAACCUCCAGUUCAUGAACAUUUAACUGGAUUAAAUUCUCAUCCAAAAGAGUCAUUUGAGUCUUUGACCACCGUUCUAAAUCAUUUAACACACUUUCUAACUUUUCAUCAAGCAUUUUCUUCACUUCGCAUUGAAUAGAAUUAAAAAUGGACGUAAUAUGAUCUCGCAUUUUGUCAAAUUUCGCUGCGAGUUUCUCUUUUUUUACCUCGACCUCUUCCCGAAGACUGUAACAGUCUCGUAUCAAACUUUCAGCGCACUUCAGUUGAUAUUUCAGACUCGUUUUCUGAUGAUCACAAAAUCCUGACAACCUCGAGAAAGAAUGUGUCUUGUGCUGCCCAUAAAUCGCACAAUGUAAGCAAAUUGCUUCAGCAUCGUCGUGGCAAAACAUAUCAAGCACAUAGUCCGGAUGAUGUGGACAAAUGUCUUUCUGCUUUUCCAACACGUCUUCAAUGAGGUCAAGAUAGCUGUAGUUCUUGGGCAGAGUACUGCUGCGUGUGUUCAACACCGUCUUGUUCUUGCAUCGCGGACAAGAGACGCUGUAAUCUGGUUGGAAAUAUCGUCCUACGCUGCAAUUUUUAUCUCUUUUAAUUCUCUUUAGUUUCUCAAUGCAACCCUCGCAGAACGUAUGACCACAUGACAGCACCCUCGGUACACAACCUUCAUUAUGUGUGAAUUGCUCAGCACACACUGAUCUAAUAAGAACAUUGUUCCUGAUUUCACCUCUCUUGACUGCGAAUGGGAUUUCACAGGGGAUAUAAAUUUCCUUUUCCUUGCUCAUUUUCCAUACACCGAUACACGAACGUACAGACGGAGAUAUUUG